CUCUAUCUCUCUCUAAAUCUAUAUAUAACCAUUUACCAACGAAUCACAUUUUUCAAUUAUAUAAUUAAUUCUAAUUACUCUCCUAAACUCACGGAUUAUCAUUCAUAAUCCUCAUUACAUUUCACACCCCCCUAAACUAAUCAAUAAGAGAUUAACAAUUUUCCAGAUCUUCUCAGAUCGGAACUCCUCUUCGAUUCAACCGUGUAAUGGGAAGGGAAGUUACUGGCAUAAACGUCAUGGAGAAGAAGCCAAAUGUUUUAGCUUCAAAUGGUAGUUUUAGCGAAAGAGUGCGUGUUUCUCCUAAAAUUGCAGCAAUGGUUGAAGCAAUGGAUAUGGAUCAUGAGAUAAAGGAAUCUACUGAAGGCAAUUCUUUGAGUGCCAAAAGCACUAAAUUAAAUGUUAGUUUGCCUGAAGAGCGGAAUGAUAAACCUGAAGUACAGAAGACGAGCGAUGACGAAAAAGAAUUAAGCUCGCCUGCUGCAAUAGCAAUUCCCGUGGAUAAAGAGCAAACAAGCCCCUCUACCCCACAGCAGUCUGAUCAGGCUACUGAAAAGCAUGUCACCCACACACAGAUUGUUGAUACUGAAGCUGAUUCAAAUGGUCAUAACUUGUCACCAAAUGCUAAGAAUACACACUCACCAAAUUCCUCAAAGAACUCACAGACGAACUCACCUUUUUCAUCAAGGAAGCUUUUGCAACAUGAUAAGAAGCAUCAUCAUGAUGAUGAAGACAAUUGGUCUGUUGCUUCCUCUAGUGUUGCAUCUGGACGUAUUGCCAAACCUAAGGUAACUGUAGGUACAGCCCCUACGUUCAGAAGCUCAGAUCGUGCAGAGAAACGAAAGGAGUUCUAUAUGAAGUUAGAGGAGAAAAAUCGAGCUCUGGAAGAGGAAAGACUCCAGUAUGAGGCAAGGCGAAAGGAAGAGGAAGAUGCGGCCAUUAAGCAGUUGAGAAAGAAUUUAGUCAUUAAAGCAAAGCCAGUACCAAGCUUCUAUUAUGAGGGGCCGCCUCCUAAAACCGAAAUCAAGAAGCCUCCACUGACGCGCCCCAAGUCACCAAAACUAUCUCGCCCCAAGUCACUAUCUCGGAGAAAGAGCUGUGGUGACGUUAACUCAUCUCGAGAAGUUAGCUCUCGAGUACAUCACAGCACAUGCAACACCCCAAAAAGUGGCUCUGGUACCCCCGUCACUCAUAAAAAUAAGGACCUGGUCACUGGACGUCACAGCCAUGGUGGUUGCAAAACCAAAGAACGAACCAAACCGGACAAGGAAACCCAAACAGCUCCUCCUAAUAUCAUGGAGCAGACAAAUGUGGACAUAUCAGUCCAAUAAUAAGCUUUCCAACGAUUUUACUGACCUCCAGUUGAGGGAAAAAUAGCCUUCAGUUUUCUUGGUUACACCAGGAUGCUUACAGAAGAGAUGGCCUUAUUUUCUUUCAUCUGGACUGACAUUUGUAAUUGGCUUUUAACUUGAAAUGUAUAUGUUUUGUAUGUUAUAUCCGCGCACAUAAUUUUAUUAUAUAUAAAUAGUUAUUGAUGUAAGUUAUAUGUAAGAAAUUUGAAACUCCCCAGAUUGUGGAAAUUAAUUUGCUUAAGAAACUGAGAUUUUUUUUAA